AUGGACCUUCCUAUUCUUCACCGAAUGACAGAAUCGCUCCCCAAGAGCCAGUCUACGUCGUCUCCACCUCCCCCUAGCUCCUCAAAGCUGGUUGACUCCGUACCUCUUAUCGAAGUGCUCAAAGAACAGGGCGAUCUCAACGAGGACGAAAUUGUGAAAAUACUAAAUGUUUGUAAUCCUUCUAACAUUGAAGAAUAUAGCGAGCAUUUAUUAAAAGUGUGCACCAUUCUCUAUGAAAAUAAGAUAGACAGGGAAAACUUCAAAAUUCUCGAAACAAAAUUCAUCGAACUAACCGACCAUGUGCUGCAGUUCAUGCAAGAACAAGACUUUAUGACCACCGAAUCUCAUUUGAUCAUUGAAAAGUGUUUUGAUAUCCUCAUAGUCAUGGCCACCGAUGGCAAAUCUUUUGCCUUGGCUUCACGAGCAAUUCGGUUUUUGACUCAAAUAAUCAUGGGUUUGAGCUAUUGGCAGAUAUAUAACCUUUUAUUGUGGAAACCUGCCAUCUACCAGUUUUUGCUCAUCAUUCACUUUGACCUCGAAGAGUGCUACAACAACUUUAUAAGGGAUUAUAGUUCCUAUGUCAGAAAGCAAGAAAGUGAGCAACGAAUAGUGACGAGGUCAAGGGCACAAUCACUGACUAAUAUAGUGGAAAAGGAAGCAAAAAUAAGCGAUUAUUCCGAAGACGAUCAAACAGAAGACAGCGACAGCGAUCAAACUGACGAUUUUCCAUUCAUCCAAGAAAAGCCAAAGGUCAAAAGGCAAAAGAAAGUCAAGAAGGAAGAAAAGCCUCAAGCUAUUGGGCAAGCGUACCUCAAAAGCACCGGCAGUGAAGCCGAAGCAACAGACAAUAAAUGGCAAACAAACAAGUCUGCCAACUAUGAUCCCGAGGUUGUGCACGAGUGCCAACUUCCCGCACCUGAUGAGCCAGGAAAGAUGUGUUUGCGUCGUUUUUCACGUAAGUAUGAGCUCAUUAGACAUCAGGAAACGGUCCACAGCAAGAAGAAAAAGUUAUUCAAGUGUUACGUUUGCAUCAAACAAACUCCAAAUGUGCUACCAAGAAUAUUCACAAGACAUGAUACUCUUGCCAAGCAUAUUCGAGUGAACCAUAAAAUAUCUGGUCGUGAAGCGAAAGCCGAAGUUCAAUUUUCCAAGAAGCACGCUGAGAUUGUCGAAGAAGGCGAUGUCACCGUACAAGUUGGUAGAAGGAAAACGAAGGUCGACUACGAUUUGAGAGCUCAUUUGGAGAUGGAGCGCACAAGGCGGGACGGAAGUGACCCAGACUCCGUGGUAGAGGUUGGGAAGUUUGAUGAGUCCGAUGACCCGGAAUCAAUUGAAGAAAUAGUCAUGGAAGAGCCGGUUUAG